ACAGCGAUCCAAAACAUUCCAUCGGACCUGCAGCGAGAAGCACACACACUCUCGCUCUCCCUCCGAUCCCGACCAGCAGCUGCUCAGUGUAAUUUUGCGUAUUUUUAACCACCUGUGUGUAUCUCUUCUCGUGUCCAUUUUUGCGGGAUCAAUUGAUAAGAUUAGAGCGGGAGCUGCUGCUGAAAGUGAUAAGUGUUGUAUCGGGUUCGGGGCGACCGGUUGCCUCACGACUCGGCAUCAGUGAGCAAAGAUCAGUUUAGGCAACGAGUUGCACGAUCCUUAGUUUAUCGUUCCGACUACGUACGGCACCCAAGAUGAGCAAAAUGUUGAACGAAAUCUGUGAUAUGCUGGACGGAUAUACCGGCCGAGAUAAGAUUAUUCGCACACUAUGCUACACCACAAAGCUAGCCUCGGGGCUGUAUGCACAGUCCGACCCGGGGCGUGCCAAAAAACUGGCCAUAUUUAGCUCGAAAAUGUCCCAAACACGUGCCACGCUGCGCCUGUUCGACGAUUUGCCCAUGCUGGCGUACAGUCUGAGCUACGGCUGUGGCAGCAAGGAGCCGGACCGCUGGAUGGGCCUGAUCGGGUUCGUCACGAAUCUGAUCGAUCACGCGUACUACCCGGUGGACAAGAUCUGUUGGCUGAUCGAGCACAAUCUGCUGAACGUGGAGAACCCGACCCGGUGGGACACGAUCAACUCGAUGCUAUGGGUCGCAUCGAUUUACCUCAAUCUGAUGAAAACCAUCCGGAGCUUCACUGUGAUGGAACAGCAUAAAUCAUGCAUCGAUAAAAAGGAAAAUGAAAGCAGCCAAGCGUUCCGCAUGUUGCUGAUAAAACAGCGCAUGGAGGCGAUAUCGAUAUUGCGGCUGUCGCUGGAUCUGGUUCAUGCCGGCAGUACCCUGCCCAAGGGUAUGCUUUGGGGUGGCCGUUUCCAAACCUGGCACGUAGGACUGAUUGGUAGCAUUUCCUCGCUGCUGGGACUCUACCAGUAUGUGGCCAAGAAGCGAAUCGUUAAGCAGAGUUCCUAGGCGAUUACCUUCGCGUACCAACACAACACCUCCAUCCAGACGGCGAUCGAUUGCGUGCCCACCCGAGAAGAGUGUAGCGAACAUUCAUUUACAUCUAGCAGAACUGCUUUCAUUUUGCUUUCCCGAAGGGACCUCUUAAUGGAUAAGAUAUAUAGGUCAGGAAAAACGCACAUCUACUUUUGCCUUAAUAUGGAGUUUAAAGCUAAAUGUAGAAUCAUUACCUUUUAGUUUAAUAAUUGUUUAGAUUAUACGGGUCCUGCAAUUGUUUGCUGUAAGAAAAAUAUUCUAAUGUCUUUUGUAAAAAAAAAUGUAACAAAACAAAACUCUAGUCAGUUAUUUGACUUGUAAAUAAAUCAUUUAUUUUGAAACAAUUUGUGUCCAUAUUCAUGAUACAGAGAGAUGAUACAAACAAAAGCAAACAAAAAACUGCACUAUGUCUCUAGUAUUUUUUUCUUAUAGUUUCUUAAAGUAAUUAAAUGAGACCGUCCAAAGAACGCAGGGGUAAAUUUGAUGAAAUCUGUAUGUUUUAUUGAUUCUUUUUUAUUUGUAUUUGGUGUGUAUUGCAACGUCAGGGGCUUUUUUUGUUUUUUUAGGAAUAAAUAGCAGUAGUAGUAGUAGUAGUGGUAGUAAUAGUAGUAGUAGUUGCUACUUGUUAUUGUUUCAUAUUUCUUAUUGUUUUGCGUUAAUACAAAGUCCAUUUUUGAUCAGUUCUGAGAUGUACUUUCCUUUUCCCCCCUUUACCUGUUCGCUCUUAUUCGUUCUUCGUAAUGCUUUCUUUUGUUUGUGGGAAUGGUAGGGAAGAUGCAGUCGCUUGCAUUCCAUUAGCUCUAUACCCUAAUGCCUUAAUCAUUCAUUCGCUGGCUGAGUUUGGGUCUGUGUGAGCUCUCUUGUUUUGUCAUUGAUCGGUUUUGAUGCGGUGGCAAUGAAUAUUUCAUAUCCCACGCCUAUUAACUGCACACAGCCACAUACAGAAAUGCACACAAAAACUUCCAUGUCCAGUGGCUUACUUAUUGCAAGAGUCCUGGCAAUGUUUCAAGUCUUCAUUCUUUCGUACGUAUGCAUUGUUUUUGUCGUGCAAAGAACCUCUCCCGUGUUAACCGAAUCGUUACGAGCCAAGAAGAAAAAGUAGCUUUAGCUAUAGUUUUCUGUUUACCACUUACUGCUGUUACAUUGAACUUUGGCGCAUUAAAUUUCCUGUUUGUCUUUCUCGUAUUGUCUCUGUGUAUCUCUCUUUCUGGCGAGUAGUAAUCUCGAAAGCGGGCGCGGAAUGUGUUUGGUUAAGAGUAUAGUAGGAGGAUUGUAACUUUUCCAUAGUUUUGUUUAGUUAACCUCUCUCAUUUCCUACCUUCGAGCAAAUACACACACACACACACAUGCGCCUCAUCGCAUUUUCAAACAGAUUUUAACGCGGUAAGAAAUGGUUAUUCUUGCUCUAAUUUCGAAAUUAUUAACCCUUUGUGAGUUUUUGUUGGUGUAUUGCAUGUUCCUCCCCCUCUCC